GUAUAUAUAUAAAGCUCGAAUGUAUGUAGGUUAACACUGUCUACAUUUAUCGGGGUUCAUUAGCAAUAGUUUGGUGAUGAUUGGUGUAUUGUGUGCACGACCUCCUAAGCCUUGGAUCCUCAACGCUCUUACUCUCAUCUCUCACGGUGGUGGCUCAGCAGCUCACCACCACGAUAAUCGAUUGUUGCAUUGGCCCAGGCCUGAUAAUCGACGUUGUGGGCACCAUACUACGGCUUGCCAGCUCGGUGGCUUGGAAAGGGGUGCGGCUUCUAUAUGGCAUGCCAUUUUGCCGUGCGGUGGAGACCGUGGAGGAGUAAAGAGUAGAGGGGAGGCGUGGAAGAAUGUGGAGAGAAGGGGAGAAGGCUCCUGGAAUGUGGCUUGGGAUGCUAGACCUGCUCGGUGGCUUCAUCGACCGGAUUCUGCUUGGCUUCUCUUUGGAGUUUGCGCCUGUCUAGCACCAAUGGUUGAAUCGGUUGAUGUUAAUCUCGAGGAUGAUUUCAAAGCCGAUAGUGUUGAAUUGAAUAUCCUGGGUGCUGACGGAAAUAAUCGUUCAUCUCCAAUUGCUGCUGCUGCUGAUAAUUACAAAGUUACAGGGAUUUUAGCCGACGGGAGAUGCCUUUUCAGAGCAAUAGUUCAUGGAGCUUGCUUGAGAUCCGGAAAAGAAGCACCUGAUGAGAAUCGUCAAAGAGAACUUGCUGACGAUUUGAGAGCUCAGGUUGUGGAUGAGUUUUUGAAGAGGCGUGACGAAACCGAAUGGUUUAUCGAGGGCGAUUUUGAUUCGUAUGUAAAAGAAAUUCAACAUCCUUAUGUUUGGGGUGGAGAACCUGAGUUGUUGAUGGCUUCUCAUGUCUUGAAGAUUCCGAUAUCAGUGUACAUGGCUCACAGAAGUUCUCGUAAUUUGAUAAACAUAGCAAACUAUGGUGAAGAAUACCAGAAGGACAAUGAGACUCCUAUUAAUGUCCUUUUUCACGGGUAUGGUCACUACGACAUAUUGGAGUCAUUGCCAGAAUUAAUUUCCACCAAAUAAAGACAAGUUUAGUCUUGUUGUAUUAUUUUGCAUAAAAAUAAGCUUGAGCUUAUUCUAAAUGGAGGAAUUCCAUUGAAUCAUGGAGGAGUCUAUGAUGUUUGAUAAAUUAGCUUGCAUCUACCUCAGCUAUUGCAAUAAGGUCGAUACAAUUUUGUAACUUUCGAGGGUGUUUCAUCACUUUUAGAACUCAAUUGGUGAAACAUAGUAGUU